UGCGAGCGAAGGGCGAGACCUUCUGUGUGCAUUUGCCGGUGUUGUACCGAAAUUCGACUCCCCGAGCGAUUACGAACCCCCUACUUCUGAUUGGUUCAUUCGCUUAGGUUGCUGCUUUGUGAUUGGUCCCUAUCUUUAAAUCCCGCCCCAACGCCUAAUCCUAACUCUAACCUUGCGUAGGGGAAAACGGGGUCGUGGUAAUCUCACGGGAGUCUGAUUUUGAUACAACACCGGCGAUGCUCUGUGCGGGUUUGCGUGUGGUUCCAUUUAGAUUAAAUGUGUUAUUUGGUCUGGAUCUUCGUCUUUCCGAAAAGAAAUGAAGAGUUAGAUCUCUCGGAUUCACCAGCAUGUGGGAUUUAAUAAUCUUUUGAUCAGAAUGUUGAGGAAUAGCAUUUGCGCAACAACCUUAUUUUAUUUGUUAUUUUUUAUAUUAGUCAUGAACGGUGUGUCUGGUGUUGAUGAAGUGAAGUCAGUGAUGGAGGGAGAUUCUGUCACUCUACACACUCAUCUCACUCACAUACAGAGAGACGAUCAGAUACUGUGGAUGUUUGGACCUCGUAUAGCUGAAAUCUAUAAGGAAAGCAUUGAUAUGUUUGAUAGUAGCAAGACAUUUGGAGACAGACUGAAGCUGAACAGUCAGACCGGAUCUCUCACCAUCACAAACAUCAGAACGGAACAUACUGGACUUUAUAAACUACAGAUCCGCAGUUACAGAGGAGAUUCAGACAAGAUAUUCAACGUCACUGUCUAUGCUCGUCUGCCUGUUCCUGUAAUCAUCAUCAGAAACUCUUCUCAAUGUUCUUCAUCAUCAGAAAGAUCUUCAGUGUCAAAAUGUGUGUUGUUGUGUUCAGUGAUGAAUGUGACACAUGUGAGUCUCUCCUGGUACAAAGGAAAGAGUUUAUUGUCCAGCAUCAGUGUGUCUGAUCUCAACAUCAGACUCUCUCUACCUCUGGAGGUGGAAUAUCAGGAUACAAACACAUACAGAUGUGUCGUCAACAAUCCCAUCACAAACCACACACAACAUCUCAACAUCAAUGAUGUCUGUCAGACGUGUUCAGGCCAUUUUUCGGAGGCGAUCUAUGCAACAAUUAUUUCAGUAUUUAUGAUUGUACUCGCAGCUGGGUUGCUCUUAUUGUACAGGAAGCGCAAGCAAGCGAGUGACCAAAAAGGUCUUGAAACAAGAGAAGAGGAAGAGGUACAAUACACUGAUACAGUGUUUCACAGACAAAAUGAACAAAAGAAGACAGCUAAUGGUACAGAUGAAACUGUAUAUUCCAGCGUCAUAUGAGGCACUGAUCGAUCGAACAGCUCUCAUCCUAAUGUAAUUUUCCUGCGUUUGUCUGCUUUAAGACUCUAAAUACAAGAAAACAUCUUUGUAGCUGUAAUGUUGGUUUUGGGUUGUGUUUUAGUUUGUGAUGUCUUGUCUCUUAUUUUGAUAGUUGUUUUGUAGUUGUUGUCUUAUGGUCAUUGUAGUUCCUUCAUGUGUUCUGAUUGGUUUAUUGUCAUCAGGUGUUUCUUGUUUAGUCAUUUAGUCUUGUGCUUGUAUAAGAUGCCCUCAUGUUUUCAUUGUCUCUUGUCUAGUUUUGUUCAUUGUAUUCAAUGUUGGUAAGCUUAUGGGUUUUUUAGCUCAUGUUUGCUUACUUUGUAUUUUGUUCCUGUUAUUCUGAGUUAAUAAACACUUCAUUUGGGUUCUUUUAAACUUGCCUUCAGUGGACUUGGCUACAGUAGCUGAUGGAUAAAUGGACUGGUCUGAUAUGACAAAGACAAGCUUUGUUCCGAGUAAAGGCAUGUGUUGGCAUUUGCCUGGCAAAUAGACUGGUUUGCAUAUGCAGUCAGCACAAAAACAAGUUAAAACUGAAACCAAACCACUGAUAUAUAUGUCCUCAAAGUUUAAUGAUAACAGGUGACCAGCACCAUUGCUGUUUGUUUGUUGCCCUCAGGCUAUCUUAUUUUUGUGUGAUCUCAGCGCUGUCAUUUCAAUUAAGUAUUUUAAUGCCUUAAUUAUUCUGUGUAAACUGUUCAAACGACAAAUACACAUCUUGCUUCG